GUCUCCGCCCUCCUCUCCUGACAUGGCGGUCCCCGCAGAACCCUGCGGCCUCACGGACGAGGCAGCCUAUGGCGCCUGCUCGGAGCCGGAUGCCAGCACCAAGGAUUUUAUAUUUCAGCAGACAAUGUUAAGAGUAAAGGAUCCUAAGAAGUCAUUGGAUUUUUAUACAAGGGUACUUGGAAUGAUACUGCUUCAAAAAUUUGACUUUCCUACUAUGAAGUUCUCACUCUAUUUCCUGGGGUAUGAAGAUAAAAAUGAUAUCCCGAAAGAUAAAGCUGAGAGAACACCUUGGACCUUCUCUAGGAAAGCUACACUUGAACUGACACACAACUGGGGCAGUGAAAAUGAUGACAGUCAGUCUUACCACAAUGGCAAUUCAGAUCCCCGGGGAUUUGGACACAUUGGAAUUGCUGUUCCUGAUGUUUAUAAAGCUUGUAAGAGGUUUGAAGAACUAGGAGUGAAAUUUGUGAAGAAACCAGAUGAUGGUAAAAUGAAAGGACUUGCAUUUGUUCAGGAUCCUGAUGGCUACUGGAUUGAAAUUUUGAAUCCUAAACACAUGGUGACUCUCACUUAGUUCUAGCAAAGUAUAUUGUAUAAGAGACUUACUUUCAGAUUCCUGGAGAAAAUCUGUAACAGUGUUUGAAAAUUGCUUAAUAGAGAGGAAUCAGUCACGUUCAGAGUCUCCUCCAAAAAUAUCCCCUGGGACCUAACUUGGAUUCCUUUUCUCUUCUCCUGUGAUGCCAUUGCCAAUUGUUUCCAGUUAGGAAUACUCAGUCAUUUUCUGGAAGAGCACUUACACAGAUUCUCCUCUUGAACAUUGUUCAUGUUAAUAUUUCAAUAAACACUGUCAAAAGAUA